AUGGGAGCCUCCAUGCAGAGCAUGGACUCAAAUCCACGUGGAGGUCGCGCAGGAGGCCAAAGCAUGUCCUACCUUGACAAACCUGACCUUGCGACGCUCAGACAGAGUCACGUCGAGACUAAGGAGAGUCUGCGACGUUUGAGUAAGAAUGGAACUGGCAAACAGCGCAGAAACCUCGAACAGGGUUUGGUCAUGAUCGAAGAGGAUAUUGCCAGAAUCGAGUACCAGCAUCGCGAAAGCAACAAGAUGGCUCGGGGAAUAGGAGCGCAAACGCGUCGCCGGGGCCAAGAAGAUUAUUCUGACGAAGAGUCUGACUUUCAGCCACGCGGAUCUCGUCGUGGCUAUCGUGAGUCCGCGGCAGGACGUCGUGGCAAUUCUGGCCGCUGA